AUGGCACUUUUGGAAGUUUAUUUUUGGUUUAGUGUUUUGUAAUUGGAAUAAUGUUCGGAAUGCUCAAAACUUAUUAGAAAACAGGAUUGUGAAUAUGGGAAUUGUCUUUGGAGUACAGAUAAUGAGAUUAAAGAGGGGAUAUUUAUUGAUAGCGGUUCGAAUGUGGAUUAAGGAAAUUCAGGUGGAUGAGCUGAUUAUUGCAAGAGCAUAUUAAAUCCAGCACAAAAUUGUUCCAAAGUAAAAGGUUAUGCUUACUUUAAUUCAAGCUGCAUAAUUUUUACAGGUUGCUCUACAUUUUUAUUCCGAGCAUGCUUCGAUUGUCAACAAAUAUCGUUAUACCGUAUAUCCGAAGGAGAUUGAGGAAAUUUGUGAAAAUUUAGGAUGUUCGAGUGUUAAAUGAUGAGUAUUAACGAAAAAUAGGAUCUUGCCAUUGUAAAUGGGAUUCAGGAAAUUAGAAAUGUAGGGAUGAAUUUUGUAGCGAAGCAGGAAUAGGGCUGAUUAUUGAUUAGAAAUUUUCUAAAUUUAGGCUUGGUUGUAUCACUAAAGAUGAAUGGAAGACAGAUAAAAGUUCAGGGCAAGAUUGUAGUAAAUAAAUUGGAUUAUAUGGACCAUUUGAUUGUUGUAAAGUAGUUAAUUCUGUUAUUCUUGAUCGAGAGUGUUGAAUUUUCAAAAAAAAUUGGCUAAUUAAAUUAAGGAAAAUUAAAUUCCAAUAAAUAUUAGGAAAAUCUCAAUCUUAUACAUUAAUGUACAAAAAAAAUGUGAAACUGCUUCAAUUACUUAGAGAAAAGAAAAGCAGUGUGAUUAGUAUUUGAAGGGAUGUGUCAGCACAGGAAGGGGAUGUGUAGAAAAAUUAUGGCCAUGUAAUACUUAGAAUUAAGAUUUUAUUGGUUAUGUAGGGUGAGAUGGAAUUUCCGAAUAUGAGGAGAAGUUAGAAUUUUAGAAGUAGAAUUUGUGAAAAUGGAUUAUUCAAUUCAGCUGAGGAUUGCUAAAAAUAUAAAAUUGGUUAAGUUACUAUAGGAAAAUCAUGGGUAACUACUUUGCAAAAUUGUUCAAGUUAUAAGGGAAAUAAAAAUACUUGUUUGUGAUUAAUAGAUUUAGAGGGGAUGUAUAAAGGAAUAGAUGAUAAUCAACAGGCAUGUUCUGUAAAGGAUUUUGUCUAAGAUAGUGAUAGUAAACAUGUGGCAGAUGAAUAAUUAUAGAAAAUAUCGAAACUUUGUAAGACCAAUUGAAUGGAAUGGGUGUAUAAUUUGA